AUGGCUUUCCCACAACCUGCAGUCAGUGCAGCCUCAAUCGCACACGCACCAGCUGGUUUCAAGUUUAGACCUACUGAUGAGGAAGUCAUCCUGCACUACCUCCGGCCUCGUGCGGUGAAUGCGCCGCUCCCUUCAUCAUUUAUCGUAGAUGCAGACGUGCUGAGCCACAAUCCUUGGGAGCUACUACCAGAGGGGUCCACGGAGAAAUAUUUUUUCUCUCAAAGAGUUCUGAAGUGGCCAAUUGGAAACCAAUGGAAUCGUGCUGCAGGUGAUGGGCACUGGAAGACAUCAGGCAAGGACGUAUCAAUCUUUUGUCGUCCUCUCAAUGGUGGAGAGCCUCUCAUGAUCGGCUCAAAGAAAACCCUGGUGUUCUACCAUGGGAAAUCAGAUUUUGGUGAGAACACUGAAUGGGUGAUGCAGGAGUACAGCCUUGUUGGAGCCGGCCUCACACCCUAUCGUGUGAUGAGGCCUGGUGGAAGCAAUCACUUUGGGGAAUCCAGCUCUGCUGCUGCGACCAUCACUGAGAAAAAUGGUAAUCAAUCUGGAGCUCUCAACAAUGCCAAGGUUCAAGUCCUGGUAAAUCCAGAUAACUCUUGGGUUGUAUGCCACAUAUACAAGAAGAAGAAUCACAUGCCACGUGUGAUUGCUCAGGUUUACAACAGUGCAGAGGGAGAGCAGGUCCCCUUCUACAACUUCCUUGAGAUGGGAAAUUCCAAGGAAGAGAGUAGCGAGCGCACCAACGUGAAGGCAAAUUCCACGGGGCUGGGCAACUGA